UGAAGCCUUGGUCAGUACGUCAGUAGCUGCAGAACCUCCGUGGAGGUCUGAUGUGAUUGACCUUUUGAAAUAAGUAAAAUAUUCAAUUUUAAACAUGUUAAGUAUUGUGUUAUUAUUUAUAGUUGUCUCUGCAAGUGGCCAAAUAAUUCCAAGGACGUGCAAUGACUGCAAACUGCUAAGCGCGUGUCCGGGAGCGGUCUAUCAAGUUGCCAACUACAAGAACAAGCAUACGGAGGAGAUCAUCAAGAGUUCCGUUUGUUCUUCCGAGUAUGUCAACGGUAUCCCAAAGGUAUGCUGCUCAGCAUUCCCGCCUUCUCAGGAAGAGAUCGACAACCAUCCUAACCUACAUCUACUCCCGAACGAGUGCGGGGAGAUAGAGGGAAGCCAGAUUGUCGGUGGUGAAGCCGCCAAACUGUACGAGUUCCCCUGGAUAGUACUCAUAUCUUAUGAAACACGUAUCGGCAAACAGUUUCUUUGCGGAGGAAGUCUGAUAAAUUCCUUGUACGUUAUGACGGCUGCUCACUGUGUCAAAGACAAGAAGAUUGCCGGCGUCAGAAUUGGUGAUUACGAUUAUUCAACCAAAAUUGAUUGCGAAAAGGACACCGAAAUAUGCGAGUCUAAUUUUCAGGAUAUUGGAGUAUCGGAUCGAAUUAUUUAUCCUGCAUACCAAGGCCCACCAGUUGUCCGUCACGAUAUCGCACUACUUAGAUUGAAGAGACCAGCGGACCUUUCACGUAGAAACUACGGUACGAUCUGUUUGCCUACAUCAAAGAGGCUGAGGGAACGCAAUCUCGACGAGGAAAUGGCUGUGGUCGCUGGCUGGGGGCUGACCGAUAACAACACCGUGUCCACGCUGCUGCUCAAAGUUACGGUGCCCAUACGCUCCAGCGACAAGUGCAAGCAGUACUAUGGCAGAAAUACUAAAGAAGACGUCACGAAGACCAUACUUUGUGCAGGAGAGCUGGGUAAGGACUCCUGUAAGGGAGAUUCCGGUGGUCCACUGAUGGUGGCAGAGGAAGUGGACAAUGUGUAUAAGUACAUCCAGCACGGGAUCGUCUCCCACGGACCCAGUAAAUGUGGUUCACUGUUCCCAGGAGUAUAUACCGAUGUCUCUUGGUACAUCAAAUGGAUAUUGGACAGUAUCAGACCGUAAGACAUUGUAAUAAAUUAAUUGGGCAAUAAAUGUAAGU